AUGUGGAAGAAAUCCACAAAGGUGACCGACCCAACUGCCGCAGGGCAGGCAGUCGGCGGCACAGAGGGAGGUCACCCAGACGACAAAGGCAUCAAGAAGAAGUCCAAAGUGCCUGGGGUCAUGAUCACCCAGUUCCAGGAGGAGCUUCCUGAGGGAAUGUCCACUCCUGAUUUCACUCGCAAACCUAUUGCCCUCACUAUUCAGGAAGGCAAAACCGCCAUCUUUAAAUCUAUUGUGAUUGGAACACCCACACCCACGGUCACAUGGAGCCGAACCAACGGGGAGAUCGUGUUCCACCCCGACGUUUGCCAACAGAAAUAUGACGAGUCCUCUCAACAACACACUUUGGAGUUUCCUAAGGUUGCUGCGGAAGACGCAGACACCUACAAGUGUUUUGCUAGCAAUGAACAUGGAAGAGCAGUUUGCACUGUGGUGUUGAAUGUAAUUUCAGUUGGGUUCUCAAAGACUAAGGAACUUCAGAAGAACCAAGGAGAAGAGCCAACCGAUUUCAGAAAAUCACUCAAGAAAAGAAACCCAGAUGGAAGCCGUGAGCAGAAGCCAAUGGAGACAGAGGAGAAGGUUUGGGAGAUUCUCCUCAGUGCAGAUAAGAAAGACUAUGAAUCCAUCUGUGUAGAACAUGGCAUCACAAACUUUCGCGGAAUGCUCAAGAAACUCUCUGAGAUGAAGAAGGAGCGGGAGGAAGAGAUUUCAGAAUUUGUCUCGCACAUUGACAAACUGAAACAUAUUGAGGUGAAUGACGACGACUGCGCCACCAUUGAGCUGGACAUGGACCUCAAAGAUCCAGCCAGUAAAGUGUUUCUGUACAAGGAUGGUGUCAUGGUCCCAUUAACCAAAGAAGACUGCGACGGACAGAGACACAGUUUAAAACAAGUGGGAAAGAAAUUUAUCUUUACCAUCAAAGGUUUGGGUAAAGAAGAUGCUGGACUUUACUCAGUGGACGUUGGAGGCUGCAACGUCUUUUCUACUAACUUAAAAGCUCCUGAUGUCGAGUUUGCAGUGAAAAUCCAAGAGGUGAAGGCAGAAGAGAGAGGAGAUGCCAUGUUCCAGUGUGUCCUCACAGCUCCAUUUGAAGGAGUCAGUUGGUUUGGUAAAAAGGCUCCACUAUCUAACGGAGAGAAGUUUGAAAUCAGCAUGUCAGAGGAUAAACUCAUCCACACCCUUAUCAUCAGAGACUGUGCCCCUUUGGACGCAGGCAUCUACGCAGCCGUGGCGGGUGUCAAGUCAUGCAAUAACUGGCUCAUAGUGGAAGCUGACAAAGACCCCAAAGGAAAGAAAGGAGAACGCAAGACCACUAUGGCAGGAGCAGCCAAUCCUGAGGAACUGGCUAGAAUAGCAAAAGAACAGCAAGAACGCUAUGAGAAAGAAAUGGCCGAGAAGCUGGAGAAGGCCAAGAAGCUGCAAGCCGAGAAGGAGAUCGCAGACGCAGAAGCGAAACUGGAGGCAGAGGCAGCAAAGAAGGAGGCAGCUGAAGCUAAAGCAGCAGCUAAAGCUGCAGCCAAAGCUGAAGCACAAGCCAAGAGGGCCGCCAAGAUGGCAGCCGCACAAGCCGCUAAAGAGGAGGCUGCAAGGAGGAGGGCAGAAGGAGGAGGUGACGGAGGAGCAGGAGGAGCAGGAGGAGCAGAUGGAGCAGAUGGAGCAAAUGGAGCAAAUGGAGCAGAUGUUGGUGGAGGAGUAGAUGGACUUGACGAAGGCCUUGAGGAUGAGUUCUCUGAUUCUGACGACUUUGAGAGUGAAAGCGCAGAGGGAGGAUCUGCAGCAGAUGGAGCUGAAGGAGCAGAGGGAGCAGAGGGAGAAGAAGGAGAUGGAGAAGGAGGAGCAGGAGGCAAAGGCAAAAGGAAGAAGAGAGCCGGGCAACUUGUUCCAGACACAGUCGUAGGAGAUAAGGAUGAGGAUAUAGAUGAUGAAACUGCUAAACAACUCAGAAAAGCUGCAAGAAAAGGAAAGCGUUCCAAAAAGAGGCUGGAUGAGGCUGGAGCCGCGGGCGUGGGAGAUGAGGAUGAGGAAAUAGAUGAGGAAGCUGCUAAACAAGAAGGCAAAGCUGCAAGAAAAGGAAAGCGUUCCAAAAAGAAGCUUGAGGAGGCAGAAGCCGCCGCAGCAGCAGCAGCAGUGGACCCAGGAGUGCACUUCCAUGCCGGGCUUUCUGACUGCAAAGCCAUAAUGGGAGAGUCAGCGGAGCUGGAGUGUAAAGUGAGCAGCGAAGACUGUAAAGGAAUCUGGUACAAAGAUGGAGACGAGAUUAAAGUCGAUGCAGAGGGGAUCACUAUUACUCAAGAUGGAAGUUUCCACAGGCUAAAAAUUCACAAGGUUACUGAGGAAUUUGGAGGGAAAUAUAAAUUUGAAGCCGAUGGACGCAAAACAGAGGCCAUGAUAGUAGUAGAAGACCCACCGCGAUUUGUGGCUGAAGAUCUUGAAACAUUUAAGACCCCAGUGACGGUGAAAAAGGGUCAAAAGGCAACCUUUAAACUCCCCUUUGUCGGUCGGGACCCGAUCAAAGUGCAGUGGUAUCUGGAGGGCGAGGAGCUAUCCGACGAUUCAAACAUAAAGAUCGAGCACACUGAAGGCUGCUCCCGCCUCCUUCUGACCAAACUGCAGCGCAAAGACAGCGGCGAAGUCAAGAUCAAACUGAAGAAUGAGUUUGGAACAAUGGAAGCCUUGACUCAACUCAUUGUGCUUGAUAAGCCCACUCCACCGAUGGGGCCUCUAGAGAUUGUUGAGGCUUCCGCUUCAGUGGUUGACUUCAAGUGGAGACCCCCAAAAGACAGUGGCGGCUGUAAAAUUGACAAUUACAUCCUGGAACGAAAUCAGAUUGGACGCAACACGUGGAAGAAAGUUGGCCCUAUUGGUCCAGAGGCAAAAUACAGGGACACAGACGUCGACCACGGCAGAAGGUACUGCUAUCGCCUUCGGGUGGAGACUGAGAUGGGAACGAGCGAACUGUUUGAAACAGAGGAUAUUCAAGCUGGAACCAAAGCUUAUCCGGGGCAGCCAUCAGCACCAAAAGUUGUCAGUGCUUUCAAGGACUGCAUCAAUCUGACUUGGUCUCCUCCUUCCAACACGGGGGGAACUAAUAUUCUGGGAUACAACCUUGAAAAACGCAAGAAGGGCAGCAAUCUGUGGGGAAUGGUGAAUCCCCCUGAUGAGAUGAUCCGAUCAGGAAAACUAUGUCCUGUCAAAGAUGUGGUUGAAGGAAUGGAGUAUGAAUUCAGAGUGGCUGCCAUCAACAACUCAGGAGCAGGAGAAUUUAGUGUUCCAUCUGAGUUUGUCUUUGCCAGAGACCCUAAAAAGCCCCCAGGCAAGGUCAUCGACUUCAAAGUGACAGACUCCACUUACACAACCCUGUCCUUAUCGUGGAUCAAACCCAAAGAGAUUGAGGGAGAGGAGGACGAGGCCAAGGGUUAUUUUGUGGAGGUGCGCCCUGCGGAGAACACAGACUGGGACCGCUGCAACACAAACGCCAUCACAAUGACGUCGUACACGGUCAAAGGACUCAAGUCUAUGGGCAUGUACUGGGUCAGAGUCACAGCCAUCAAUGAGGGAGGAGAGGGGGCGCAUCAAGAGCUGGACAACUACAUCCUGGCUAUGCCUCCGCCAGUGCGGCCGAGAUUCACAGAUGUGAAGAUCAAGAGUUUUAUGAUUGUAAGGGCUGGAAAUUCUGCAAGAUUCAACAUUAACUUUGAGGCUUCCCCUUGGCCUGAGGUGACCUGGCUUAAAGAUGGCGUCCCUGUUUCUAAGAAAGUGACCAUCAGUAACGCAGAGGGCAUGUCCCAGCUGCUGAUCGCGUCUGCCGAACGCUCCGACACCGGCAUCUACACCAUUGUUGUCAAAAACAUUGUUGGUCAAGAAACAUUCAGCAUUGAAAUUAGAGUCACAGACGAGCCCAAGCCUCCAGGCCCAGUGGAACUGGAUGAAAACGUCCCAGGGACAGUCACUAUUUCCUGGACUGCAUCUCCUGAUGAGAAGAAAGACGACAGGCUGCACUACAUGGUGACCAAACGUGACUCACACAAAAGACAGUGGCACACAGUCGCAGAUCGAAUCUUCAACAACAAGUUCACAGCCUGCAACAUCAUGCCGGGACGCGAGUACCAGUUCAGAGUCUACGCCAAGAACGACAUGGGCUCCUCAAAACCAUCCGAGUCUACAAAAUGGCUGAUUCCUGCUAAAAAGGAGAAGUUCACUGUGACCCUGCCUGAAUCCAAACCUUGUGACCUCCAGUGUGCGCCGAAAUUCAUCAUGCCUCUGAAGAUGCACGCAGCGCCUCAGGGCUAUGAGUGCUACAUGAGCUGUGCCAUUAAAGGAGACCCCACCCCACAUAUCACCUGGUACCGGAACAACCUGAGCCUAAACACUAACACCAACUACUUCAUCUCCAACACGUGUGGCGUCUGCUCCAUGCUCAUCCUGAGGGUAGGCCCCAAAGACAGCGGCGAGUACAAGGUGGUCGCGGAGAACAAUCUGGGACGCGCCGAGUGCACAACCAAACUCACAGUGAGAGAAUGA